AUGGGUGACAGUGGAGCUACAGUGAUUGUGCACCAGACCAGGGUUUCUCAACCAGAUGGCUGCGCCCCGCUGCCUCCCACAGGAAUCUCAUCCUACCCAGAGGAGAGGCCUCUGCGGGUGUAUGGAACAGCAACACUCAUUGCUGGAGAGACUGCCCUCCACCAAGAAUGCGCAUUCCAUCUUGUUGGCCAUCUUAAUUCACAGACUCAACCCUCACCCCCCCACCUCCGUCAGCAGGGAGGGAGGGGUACCAGCAGGACCUCCUUCUGCAACGUGUGUCAAGGAUACUCUCUGGGAAAUGGAGCCUCCCUAUGA